UUUCUUUGCUGUUUCUCUGUUUUUUUCACUGCUUUUGGCGACAGUUGGCGGGAACCAACUGUGGAUUCCUAUACCCUUUGAUUCCAUUCACAAGGUUGGCCUCUAAAGAUUCAUUCUUGGAAUCUUCUAAGAAAAGGGUGCGUUUCGUUUCAAUGGCUACCUAUCCUCCUUCUUCCUCCUCCUUCUCGCACUUGAGUGCUUGGAACCAUGUUGUUCCAUCACCAUCUUCCUCAUGCAGCUAUGGCGGGAAUUCCACUGCUUCGGCCAUAGAGCAAACUCUGAGGCACAUUCCUGCUGUAGCAGUUGAAUGGAACCUUGAAGAACAAGCUAUUCUUGAAGAUGGACUUGCUAGGUAUGCUGGUGGUGGUUCUAACGUAACAGUCUAUGCGACCAUAGCACAACAGCUGCAAGAUAAGACAGUUAGGGAUGUGGCGCUUCGAGUUCGGUGGAUGAAGGAAAAAGAAAAAAACAUUCAAAAUAGCAAGAGGAGGAAGGAUGAUCUUAAGUUGACCAAGAAAAGUAGAAAUAGAAAGGAGAAAGUUUCAGGCCCUUCUUCUCGCCAUGCUGCUGCUCGAUCCGAUGUUGCCUCAUCAGUGCCAGGAAUGCCUUACAAAGCAAUUGGAGGUCUAAUAGGUACACUCAUGGAGCAAAAUGCACAGGCCUUCAACCAAAUCUCAAAAAAUCUUGCUUCUCGUAUGCAUGGGAAGAAUAUUGAAAUUUUCCACCAAGUGAGAGAGAACUUCAAUAAAAUUAUGAAAGAUUUGAAUGAAACACCAGACCCAAUGAGCCUAAUGCCACCCCUUCCUAAGUUGCUCGCCUUAGAUGAGAUGGAAAAGUUAUCCAACCCCCAACCGCCAUAUACCUCGAUGUUUCAAGAAACGGAUUUCAUUUUGUUAUAGUGUUAAUGUAAUUUCGAGAAUAAGGUGUAUGGGGAUAGUUAUCUUAUGAGGAUUUCCCAUGCACUUUAGCAGAGUUAAAUGAUUAAAAGAUUAA